AACAAUUCAUGCCAGAUAUCACAAAGUUGUAGUUAGUUCAUAAAAUGGAACACAAUCGUAUUUGGUCUCCGGUCUCCCCUACGAUUUACCGGAUGUCGCUUAAUUAACUCAAAUAAAUAUAAAACACACGUAAUUGAGUGGAUAAAACACAACGCAAUAUCUGUGUGUAACAAGCGUGUCUGGGUGAAAUUAAACUCACAUUACAGUAAAGUUUUCCUUCUAUAAUAUGGCUGAUGCACAAAAAAUAAAGAUCGGCAUCAUCGGCGGCUCGGGUUUCGAUGACCCGACGCUGUUCGAGAACAGAGUGGAGAAGGAAGUCACCACUCCAUUUGGCAAGCCAUCUGAUGUCCUCAUAGAAGGCCACAUUAAGGGAGUGUCGUGUGUGUUGCUCGCGAGGCACGGGAGGAAACACCAAUUUCAGCCAAGCGACGUGAACUACCGCGCUAACAUUUGGGCUCUGAAGCGAGUCGGCUGUACGCACAUCCUCGCUACAACGGCCACAGGGUCCCUCGUGGAACACUACAGGCCCGGCGAUCUCGUCAUUCUAGACGAUUUCAUUGACAGGACAUGGGGUCGUCAGUGUACAUUUUACGAUCGCACGAAAGGCGGGCCCCGCGGCGUGUGCCACCUGCCCAUGCGGCCCGCGUUCUGCGACCAUGGACGGAACGCACUCAUAGCUGCGGCCGCCGCGAAGGGUUACGCGUGCCACGAAACUGGCACUGCUGUUGUUAUACAGGGACCGAGGUUUUCGAGCAGAGCGGAGAGCCUGAUGCAUCGACAAUGGGGAGGUCAUCUCGUCAAUAUGACAACCGUGCCAGAGGUGGUUUUGGCAAAAGAAGCGGGUCUAAGCUACGCGGCUGUCGCACUCGUCACCGACUACGACUGUUGGAGGGAACACGAAGGCUCGGUAUCUGUGAGCGAAGUGCUGGCAAUGUUCUCAAAGAACGUGAAGAAAGCAGCCGACGUCAUCAUCGACGCUGUACAGAUCCUGGGCGCUGAAACAGACCUCUCAUACCUGGAUGCCCAUCAGGAACUCGUCAGCUCAGCGAUUAUGUUAAAAGAAUAAAUAAGAAAAAUAAUUAACUUUACGUACAGUUACCGUCUUUGGAUCUUUUUUUAUUUACCAUUUAUAAACUUCGAUUAUUUCGAUGUAAAAUCAACGUAAUAAAAUAAACAUUUCCGUCUUCAA